UUGCCACACCGUCGGCUGAAUGGCAAUACAAACAAAGUGCUACACAUGCAUCCACAAUUUUUAUAAAUUCUAUGUUUUGGUUCUCUAUCCAGGCAGAAUAUACUCAGCAUUAGCGUAGUUCCAACAAUGGCGAUGCCAAUGCAAUCAUUCGGCCGAUAACCAUUGCCUAUACCUUAAUUUGUGACAGUUCUGUGAUAGCUUCCGUAGUCCUCAAAAUCUGACUUGGAUGCCGCCAUGGCGUUAUCUGACGUUUUUUCGACGAUGCUUUCGGCUUUCUGCUUAUUUCUUGCUCUUUGUUCAUCAAACUCUCAUUGCUUGGAUGUCCUUAACAACUCAUCAUCCAGAGCCACUGCCAAACCUGACAGCAUGUCAACCGAGAGCGCACCUACGGAUGCGGGAAUUUUGGUGUACAGUAGGGGAAACUCAGUGAUGAAACUUCCCCUGGAUAAUAUCUCAUCCGGCCCGGAAGAGAUGGUAUCCCUGAUCUACCAAAUAGCCCUUGGUAUGGCCGUCGACUGCCAAGAACGAUUUAUUUACUGGUCGGAUCUCGAAGGACCCACCAUCAACCGAGUGCGCUUCGAUGGGACGGAUCGCAAAGUGGUUCUUGAUCGCGAUAGCGUGUAUUCGGGCGAUGGACUGGCCAUCGAUCCCAUAAGCCGCACACUGUUCUGGACGGAUGCCACGCAUGGUCAUAUCGCCUGCGCCCGGUUAAACGAUACGGAAAUGCAGGCAAAAAUCCUUAUUGCGGAUAAUCUCUCGAGUCCGGGGUCAAUCGCCGUACAUCCAAGUAAAGGAUUAAUUUUCUGGGCCGACUGGGAUUCGAGUCAGUCGUCUGCUCCCAAGAUUGAAGUCGCCCGCAUGGAUGGCAGCGAGCGACGGACCAUUGUCAGCAGUAAUUUGAUGCUGCCGCAUGCACUGACGGUUGAUCUCGACACCGAUGAAAUUUGUUGGGCGGAUGCCGGGACGCAUAAUGUGGAGUGCGCAUCGCUGGACGGCAGUAAUCGCAGCAUCGUAGUUGCCGCAGAUUCAUCCAUUUCUCCCUUUAGGAUGACAGUCUACCGCGGUGUGCUCUAUUGGACUGAUUGGGCCCGUGACAACAUUUUGAGUGUGCACAAAGACGGUGCGGGAGAAUCGACAAUUACCAGUCUCUUACCAAGUGGAUCACCCGGAACAUUACACGCUGUAACUGCCGUAUCCCGGGAAUGUUUUGGCUUUGGUGCAUUUGUUUGAGAUUUUUGCUCACAAUUUUUUUACUAGUGACAUAGUUUUGACCGUAAAUGUAUGAGACUGUAACGCGAAAAGAUAAAAUUAUUAUUACUUAUUAUGUGUGAAGGGAUCGGUAUUACAUACCCGAUAUUCCUACUCUACAGAUGCUGUUCGUAUGUACAAA